UACAUUUUGAUUCGACAGCAAACACAAAGGUGAUACGGGUAUCUUAUUCAAAUGAGUAAUUUAUAAGUUUUUUCAAUUAUUUUUUGUUAAACUAUUGAUUUUUGUUGAUUCAUACUUGCUUCUCAAUAUAAUUUAUCACUUACCGACAUUUUUAAUAACAUUAUAUUCAACAUUUUCAGACUAUUUCACUUCCAUGUGCUCCUAAACUAACCAAUUAUCCAGUGUUUACUAUUGAUUGAAUCUCGCAACCCCUCACGUUUUGUUUUGAUGAGUGAUUGAAGUAUGGCUUCUACAAAGACUCCAUUUGAAAUUGUGAAAGAAGAUGAUUUUGUUGAGUAUUUUCUGUUUCCUGUCGGCUGUGACAUAGACAACGAUUCUUCACUGGAAGAAGUUACCAAGCGUGUCAAUACAGUUGUCAAUAAAUAUGCAUCUACUUACAUUUGGCAGAAGGAUCAAUUCAAUGUGAUUCCAAGGAAUAUUGCUGGAUUACCUCCACUAGUCGACAACGAAGAGAGUCUACCGCCGCAUCUGUAUGGCACAUUGCAUUACGGCGAAAACAUAGAGGAUGAAUGGUUUCUUGUAUUUCUGCUGCAGCAGUUGACUAAAGAGAUAUCAGGACUAAUUGUGAGGGUUGUUGACGCUGACGGAGAAUUUCUUUUGAUCGAAGCAGCAAAUUUCCUGCCGAAAUGGGCGUCGCCUGAAACAUGCGACCAAAGGGUCUACAUCUACGAAGGAGCGUUACAUUUGAUUCCAUUGGAGAAUGUUGAUGAAGAGGAAGAGGAGGAUAAUGAAAUAACGGUAACCCAAGCCAUUGAAAAGGUUCGAACAGACCCUGCCACUACCAGAGCCUCUGAUGCUAUUCAAAACGCUAUAGACAAUGAUGUAGCAGGGUACCCGUCUAAAAUAGAGGAGAACCUGCACCGUUCCAAUGUGUAUGUACCAGUUGGGGUAGCAGCACUUCUAAAAGAGAGACCCAGUCUUAUAGCGCCAGCGGUUAUGGGAUUUUGUCACAGGGAUCCCAUUGAUGUGAGGGUGUGUCGAGCCAUGCGUUACUUCCCACCCGAGAACCGUGUGAUGACCAGUGUUACCUUCACAAAGUGUCUGUACGCGAUGCUACUGCAGCAGAAGUUCGUGCCCGACAGGAGGACUGGUUGGAAUCUACCAGCACAGUCCAGUCCCACCUACCUCACUCAUAGUUUGGGCAUGAAAAUUGCUUGUGGUUUUGAAAUCCUUGUAUCGCAAUGCAAAGGGAGCAAUGAUGAGCAGGACGAUCUGAGCACUGAUAAGAGAUGGGCCCACUACCAUACCUCACUCAAGGAGAAGGGAUACUUCAAGGAUCUGCUGGAAGGUUCUCAAGAGUAUAAUAAGCUGGAAAAAGUGGCCAAGGAUUACUAUAGAUCUCACACUACCACUUACCAGCCUUCCAUUGGACAAAUAGUUCUCAGACUCCUGGACACAGUUGAGAUGGACGUCGACGAAAUGAAGGAGGCUGAGAAGAAUCUGCCCACUUCUGAUGACGACAGCUGGCUGCAAGUGAGUGUUGAAGACCUUGACCGACUGAUGGCAGAGAGGUACGGGGGGAAGCAGGCAGCUCGGUCCAUGGAGGUGUCCUCCCAUCUCAGCACAUUCCUCAAGCAUGUCUCCACACACGAGGGAGCCGAAUUUCCCUCAUUGAACGGCGAAUGCUCCACCUCCUCCCCAUCCACAGCUCCGUUAUCGAGCGUUGCCAUGGAUACGGACGCGGACGCGGAUUCCGCGACAGACGAUGACAGCAUCAGAGCGGUAGCGGCAGCGGUGGGACGCGGAAGCGGCGGCGGUGUGACGUUUGACGCGGACGCGUUUCAGUGCGCGGUCACCAACAUCCUGGACUUUGUCGUGCCCGACGACAGCUGGGACUUGGACGACUCGGACGGAUCCGGCAUGAGUGGCUAUGAGGACGAGGCUGAGAUGGAGAUCGGGAAACGCAGAACUGACGGCAAAUCUGAAACGCCGAUCACUGAAUUGAAGCAGUACAUGGAUCAGAUGGACAGAGAGUUGUCCUCCACCACCCUGGGACAGAGCUUCGAGAAGAAAGUGGGCAAGGCCGCCAAAAAGGGAAUGGAAGACAGUUUCUCGGACAUUGAAAGCUUUGAGCCGGUGGACAUAGACAUGAACGCGCUGAAGAACAUCCUUGAGUCAUACCAGGCCGAGAUGGGCGGUUCUGGCCCCGCCUCCACGCUGCUUGGGCCAAUGGGAGUCAAGCUCGACAAAAAGUGAACAAUGUGAUACCGAAAAAGUGGCCAAAUUUCUCCUAUCUAUGCACCUGCUGUACUUAAUAAGUAAUAAGUCAUUAUUAGUUACUUAUUUUACCAAAUAAAGACAUAGAGAAAAUAUUGCAUAAGACAAGACCCUUUAAUAUCAUUACUUUUCAAGUAACUAAUCUUCACCAUAGAGAAAAUAGUGAUAUUGUAUCAUAAUCAUGUGUGGUGAGUGUGGUGAUACUGUAUCAUUUAUGGUGACACUGUAUCAUUUAUGGUGAUACUGUAUCAUUUAUGGUAAGAGAGAGAAUAUAUUAUCAUAAGAAGAUAGAUAUCCUAUGGUAUAGGGCGUUUAUGUUUCAAAUUUCACUGUUAACUCAAGCUGAUAGUCCACGUAGCUCUUUUUCGUGAAGCUAUGUGAUGCUGGUAGUCUCUUAAAAUGUGCCAUUCUUACACUCUCAACAGUAAUAAUACACAGUAAUAAUACACACCAAAACAGUAAUAAUAGACAGUAGGUAGUCGACAGUAAUCGGCUUAAAACUAUGUGACGCUGGUAGUCUCUCAAACUGUGCCAUUCUUACACUCUCAACCAGCCAAAACAGUAAUAAUAGACAGUAGGUAGUCGACAGUAAUCGGCUUGAAGCUAUGUGACGCUGGUAGUCUCUCAAACUGUGCCAUUCUUACACUCUCAACCAGCCAAAACAGUAAUAAUAGACAGUAGGUAGUCGACAGUAAUCGGCUUAAAGCUAUUUGACGCUAGUAGUCUCUCAAACUGUGCCAUUCUUACACUCUCAACCAGCCAAAACAGUAAUAAUAGACAGUAGGUAGUCGACAGUAAUCGGCUUGAGUUAGCAAAAAAUCGACUUGAAAUUUGGAACGUAAACGACCUAUACCAUAGGAUAUCUUCUUAUGAUAAUAUACUUUCUCUCUUGUAUCAUCAUAAAUGAAACAGUAUCACCAUAAAUUGUUACAGUGUCACCAUGAAUGAUACAGUAUCACUACACAUGGUAUCUUGUUAUGCUAUCUUUUCCAUGGAUAUCAUCUUAUGCUAUCUUUUCUCUAUGGCAAAGAUUAGUUACUCGAUAAGUAGUAAAAAUCUUGAAGGGUCCGGCAAUGAAAUAUUCCUGAUUUUGAAGUUGAGGUUUCAAAAUAGAAUGUGAAAGAUACAGAAAAUACCUUAGUUUAACUAUUCCAAUACACUUCUUAGGAUGGCCACUAACGACUGGACAAGUGUGUUGAACAUGUGUGUACACACAUGCUGUCAUACAUUGUUGUGUCCUCACAACGACAGGCUUUGAACACAAUUUUUUGAGGUUAGGUUUUCGUUUCUUCAAUUUUUUGAGGUUAAACUAUUUUUGUAUCAUUAUCAUUUCCAAUAUUCCAGUCGCUUAUUUAUUGUUAUUGGUUGUUGUUAUUAUAUUAGAAGCUGCUGUCAAACAACUACAAGACUUGACUUAUUUCGGACUAUGGGGAACCUUAUCUAAAUUUGGGAGAGGAAUAGCACAAGGUUACCUUAUUUUUUCUCUCCCUAUCAUUUUUGAUGUUGUACUUACUGUAUGAAUCAAUAAAGAAAUAUCGGGGCACCGAGCUUCACUCGUUAUUUUUAUUUAUUGAUAAACAGAACACAAUUCUCUAAAAUGAUCGUGUUCACAUUUCACAGCUGGCUAUAUGUCAUCUUAUGAAUUUCGGGGAUGUGAUAUUUUGAUUUUGAUUUUUCACAUACUCAUUCGCUCACUCACUUUUUUACUAUCCACAGGUGUUUCAGCCAAGUAUGAAUUAUCCUUUUAAUGUCGUUCAACGAGUUUUCCCCAGGGAUGAGAUCUAGUGCAAUCGAAUUUUUAUACCAUAAACCUACUACGUUCCAAAUUUCGUGAAAAUCGUUAGAGCCGUUUUCGAGAUCCGAUAAACACAAAUAACCAGAUAUAUAAAUACAGAAAUUGCUCGCUUAAUAUAAUAUGAUAAUUGAUUAUUUUCAACAAGAAUGAACAGUUAAUAUUACACUAAUAAACCUGUAUCAGUUACCGUCUAUAGAAGGCAUUGACAAGACAGAGGAUCGGCAACGUUGUUCUGCUAUCUUUCUCCACUGCCAUUGGACCUCACUAUAGUAACUGUAGUUCACACCAGAGUUGUCAACUGAGAUUUCAACCAAUUUUGGAAAAUUUGUUGACAAUUUCUUAAAAAGCACAUCAUUCCACUUGUUUUUACAGAAAAAAAUUACUACUUUUUCUAUACAACAUUUUGUUGACAACUCUUGUGUAAACGUGGCGUAACAGAUAUUUUUUAGAAGUAGCAAAAUGACAUAAUAUUAAGUGUAUAUCAAUAACGAUAUGUUUUCCGUAUCUUCCAUAUUUGUUUUGUGACCACAUUUUGAAAUUAGGAAGCUUUCAUUGCCGGAACCUGUAUAUUUCUGGCAUACUAAAUCGCAAUAAUAUUCUUGAAUUUCUCAAGUUAUUGAAUAAAAGUCAGUUAGAAGCAUACCCCGCAACUCAUAUGUUGCUAGUUAAGAGCACGAUAUAUAGAUGAAGAUUUUAUCUAUAUUUUCAUCUAAAUACCGUGUUUGAAAGAAAUUUGAACAACUAUUGUUGACAUAGCUUUAUUAGUCACGCUAUUUAGGUAAGUUUCAAACUACCCAAUCACAAUCUUAGAAGUACGAUAGAGCUCUAUAAAUAAAGUAUAUUUUGACAAUAUUCCAAUGACAAUUAAAUGUUACUAUUCUAUUUGCUGGUCAAGUAAGAUAUUUUAAGCAUUAUGUCUGUAGCUGCUGGUGAUCGUAAUUGUAUUUUAGAAUUGAGAUGUAAUUUUUAUGUGUUUUUAAUAGAGAUCAUUAUCUUAUAAA